AUGUCCGUCCAUGAGUACGCCCAAGCCCUGAAGAAGGCCACCGAUGCACUUCGAGACGUUGACAAGCCCGUCGCUGACUCUGAGAUGGUGCUGGCCCUUCUCGCCGGCGCUGAUCCUCGCUACAGCACCACUGGAGAAAUCAUCGCAGGCGAGGCGGGCAUGACCUUCGUCAAGGCCGUCGAUCGCCUCGCCCUCCAGGAGCUGCGCCAGGCAAAUCAGGCCAAGAUGCCCGCCUCCUCUGCUUUGGUCGCCUCUUCUUCGACUGGGUGCAGUUCCUCCUGCCAGUCUGUGUCAUCCUCGACCUCCGUAAUGCAGCCACGCCCCAAUCAGCAACAGCAGCAAGGUGGCCAGCAGCAGCAACGUCGCCGUAGGGGCAGGCGGUCCAACGGCGGCCAACAGUAG